AUGCUACGUGGAUUCUCGCAGGACGUCGAGCCGCAACCAGUCCUGGAGUCCUCCACAAUGCGUCGCAAUCGAAUGCUCCGGACGCGAGAGCGAUCGUUCCAGUACCCGGAGGAGUACUAUCACUCCUAUCAACCGCAUCAUCAAAUUGACCCCCAGGAGCAGUACUGACUGAAUGAAACUAUUCUCAUUGGCGGUCCAUGAAUGUUGUAAUAACUUCUCUACCACAUUUCCGUGCGUUCCAUAUUUGGUCCCUCAUAUUUUGUCCCCCCGUUUGAAACAAACAAACAUCGUCAUGAUUUCCCCCGUGAUCCCGGGUGAUUCUAGUCCCCAAUUCUUUUAGCACUUCUUCGUUUUCUGAGCCCAACUCUCUGUACCGUAUGAACUCGAUUGUGAACCAACUACCACUAUUUGUGAAUGAAUAAUAAUAGUUUGAAGUGAUCUUCACACAAAACAGCGAAAUUGAUUAGAAGUGAAGCGAAUUGACGUGCCCCAAAUGUCACUAGAACAUCUUGAUAAAACGGCUAGAAAAAGGGAGUUUCUGCGCGGGAACAGCUUCAUAACUUGCUCAAGUUAGCCAGCGAACGGAAGCGACAACGAUGUCUCUGACUGCCGAUCCACCAGCAUGCACCGUGCCAGCCGCCGGCGGUGCUUCUACCCACAAGCUCGUGAACGCCGGCGCCGACAAGCUCAUCUUCAAGAUCAAAUCGUCGAACAACAACGAGUACCGCAUCACUCCGGUCUUCGGCUUCGUCGAUCCGUCCGGCUCGAAGGACAUUAGCAUCACGCGCACCGCCGGGCCGCCAAAGGAGGACAAGCUCGUGAUUCACUUCGCGCCAGCUCCGGCCGACGCCACCGACGCUCAGGCCGCGUUCGCCGCCAUCACUCCCGCCGGAACCGUCACCAUUCCGCUCUCGGCCACCGCCUGA